AUUUUCUUGCGUUCUAGACACAAUUUACUCAUUACACUUCGUGAUAUCUUGAGACAGCUUUAGAUAGCUGUAUAAAAAAUAACUGAUCUAAUCAUUCGAUUGAUAUAGCAACGUAAGCGCACAUCAUUACAUUGCAAUUGCGGUACAUGUCACACAAAUAUAAUACGUAUGUUGUCUCGAUUUGCGCGCUAAACACAUCCGUCUGAUGAUUUCUAGUAUUUACGUAUUGAUAUGUUCAUUAAAUUCGCUCAAUCGUAAAUUUGCGCGUAAAUAAUCAUUUUCAACGUUGUGAGUUUUCAGCGCACAAAUAUCAUCUAUAUGUCGCAACAUUUUAACUGAAAUUUAACCAUAAAAUAAAUACAGCUUAAUAUUUUAAAAUGUGAUGUAUGUACCCAUUAUGUACUAUUGUUUAAGCUAAGUGCGAAAAUGUUAGAAAAGUGAGAAGAUAUUAAAACUUAUUCAGCAAUUUGUUUUUAAAACUUAUAGAGGUUCGGCAUCCCUACGCUACUGAACUUACAUCCGCUUCAUGUUUUCAUGAUCAUUUUAAAAAUUCCAAGCAGUUUAUUUUUAAGUGGGUCCCUGACACGUAAAAUUUACCAUAUAAAAACAGGUUUGCAGCAUAUUAACUCAUUUAUUCGCCUUGUGAAGGUGACCGGUUGUCCUUCUGUGUUACGGCCUUCAUACAUCAAAUCGUGUAAGGACGUAAAAUGUAACCGUAAAAAAAUCGACUAAUCCCAAUCAAAUAUUGUGCUGUCCGUAACCCCAGUAAGGGGAAAUACUUGAUUGGGAUUGAUCGAUUUUCUUACGCUUACGUUUUGCGUCCUUACGGUAUUUUAUGUGUGAAGGCCUUUAGACUCAACGAACUACAGUGCUACAAAAUCAGUCAACGCAUGAAGUCGUAGCACGACGCUAUCCCGACCGUGUACGAUUAAUAAAGAAUUCGAUGAUAUCGCGUAUCACGCAUCUCGUAUGCCCAGUACGCAAACGCCGGUUCUUCAAUUAAUCAGUUGACGGCAGACGGCUGCUAAUUUUACUAAGUGUUCGGCAAGAUGCUGGAAGCGAAAAUGCUGGACGACGACUCCUGUAAGAUCAGUUUGCAAGAGUCAAAAAAAUUGCUGCGACCCAGAAAAUCGCGGAACUCGCAGAUGUGCAUCGAAUUCAGCGAUCUCUGUUAUUCGGUUCGUCGCAACCGCAAAGAGACCGAGACAAAGAUCCUGCGUAAUGUGACGGGGCACUUCGAAUCGGGGAAACUCACAGUAAUAAUCGGUCCUUCUGGGGCGGGAAAGACCACCCUGCUGAAAGUCGUGUUGGACGAACGAUUGACCGACGUUAAGGGUAUUGUCACCAUAAACGGCGUUGAACGGGACAGGGGAAUGGUCCGCAAACAUGUGCGCUACGUGCCGCAACAAUUCGAUCUGUUGCCGUUUCUCACGACAAGAGAGACUCUCUACAUAGCAGCUCGGCUGAAACUCGUUAAUCAGGACGAACAAGUGAUUCGCUUAAUUGUGAACGAUAUCGCGAAGAGUCUCAGCUUGUCAAAUUGCCUGGGUACAUUGGCGAACAAAUUAAGCGGUGGCGAACGAAAGAGACUUUCCAUCGGCGUAGAAUUGAUCGCCAAGCCAUCCGUUCUCUUAUUAGACGAGCCAACAAGCGGUCUCGACAGUGCGGUGUCUAAUCAGCUCAUUAACAUGCUGCACGGUAUGGCAAGAGAGAACUGCACUGUGGUUUGCGUGAUACAUCAACCCAGCAGACAGAUGAUUUCGCUCUUCGAUGACAUUAUGGUACUUAACCAAGGUAGAAGUAUGUACUGUGGUCCAAAGAGCGAGAUUUUAAAUACGUACAGCAUCGCCGGGUUCACGUGUCCCAGCUUCUACAACACAGCAGAAUUCGUACUUGAGGUCAUAACAGAGCAAAGAGGUGGAGAUUUAGAGAAUUUAUACAAGAUCUGUCGUGAUGAAUACGAAAAUUCGAGAUCGCGCAACAGACCUAAUGAAAAUGAAUCGACUGAUUCUAAGCAGAAAUGUGAAACAGGCGACAUAGAUACGUCCACAAAUAGUAUAAUAUCAAAAAAGUCGACAUGGCAACAGCAAAAGAUUUUAUUUUUAAGAUCUCUAAUUUGCAUCAAGCGAGAUAUUACCUUGACAAACCUAAAAUUUGCGGCGCACGUCGCAAACGGCCUGUUUUUUGGAGCAGUUUUCUAUAAUUUUGGUGACGACGCGGACGUGCAGAAAGUGAUGAGUAAUACCGCUUACUUAUUUUUGUCUGUGGUAUUUUUAUUCUAUAUAAAUUCUCUGCCUGCAAUACUAAUGUUUCCUACAGAAGCGACAGUAUUUCUGCAGGAAUAUUUAAAUAACUGGUAUUCUUUGAGGGCUUACUAUAGCGUAAAAAUACUAACGGAUCUCCCGCUACAAAUACUUUGCGCCUCAUCUUUUUUGUUUAUACCAUAUUAUAUGACAGGACAGCCAAUGGAAUAUAUUAGAAUUCUACAGAUGUGGACCGUUGGCCUGUUAACUACAAUUUUUGGACAAACGGCUGGGAUACUUAUAGGCGCAGCUUUUGGCACUAAGUCAGGUCUCUUUUUAAUACCGGCAGUCAGUACACCAUUAGCGCUGUUCGCCGGAUUUUUCUUGAAAUUUAAAGACAUACCGGCAUACUUACAGCCUUUAAGCACUGUGAGUUUUUACAGAUACUCAUUCGAAGGAAUGAUGCAGGCGGUUUAUCUUAAUCGAUCGCAGCUGUCGUGCUCGGAAAUCUACUGUUUCUUCAGUUCGCCAAACAAGAUUCUCUCGAUGAUGGACAUGCCAACAAUACCAUUUUACGUUAUUCUGAUAGUACUUAGCUCUUGGAUACUCUGUUUACACAUAAUCACCUAUGCAGUACUUUGUUGGAAAAUUUAUUUUGCAAGAAAGUAACGUGUUAAUACUUAUCUUAAACAAGAAAGUACUCUCUAAGUAUGUCUCAAACAAAAAAAUUAAUGAUUUAGCACAUUUUCUCUGUAACAGUAGGUAGAAUGUCAAGAGAGACAAUAGGAUUAGAAAUGUAAAAAUUGUAUAUAGUUAUUUGUGUAACAAGUGCCGUAAGAUGAAAAUUCCCG